AUGUUACCAACUUCCAUUCAGCAUGUUCAUGAAGUUCAGUUUCAGAGAUGGCUUAAGCUCGACACAAUGAUAUUUAACAGUUCUGAAAUUUCUUUACAUAAAAUGUCACAAAAUUAUCCAAAAAAAUCUUUUAACUUGUCGAUAAGACCAAAUUAUGCAAAUCAAGCAGAUGUUGAAAUAAAAAUGAGAUCAUAA